ACUAAAGCCAGGCUGCUUUUACCAACAACUUCUCCCUCUCUGUAACGCCCCACCCCUACAGCCAUGGUUGUCGACACGGCAUACUACGAUGCGCUGCAGGUCCCACCCACGGCCACCGAGCUUGAGAUCAAGAAGGCAUACCGCAAGCUCGCGAUAAAGCUGCAUCCUGACAAAAACCCGGACGACGCUACUGCCCAUGAGAAAUUCCAGAUCAUUGGAGAAGCAUAUCAGGUACUCAGCGAUGAGCAGCUACGGAAGCAGUAUGAUAAGUUUGGGAAAGAGGGCGCGGUGCCGCAUAGUGGGUUUGAGGACCCGGCGGAGUUCUUUGGGAUGAUAUUCGGUGGCGAUGCGUUUGUGGAUUGGAUUGGAGAGAUAUCGCUCAUGAAGGACCUCACAAAAACCAUGGACAUAUCAAUGCGCGAGGCAGAAGAACAAGAAGCACAGGAGGCGCAAGCAGCCGCUGCUUCUGCCUCUGGCCAGCCCUUUGCCGCUGAGGGCUCGAAGUCCUCUUCUCCCCCGCCCGCAACCGGCGCAUCCCCCUUCGCCGCACCUCCCCCUCCCUCUGUCUCCGUAGACGCACCCAUACUCGCAGACGAUGCGACCGCUAGAGAGGCCGCCCACGCCGCCGCCGUAAACACCCCCAUCACCCCCUCCGCCUCGGGCACCAGCACGCCCCGCAGCGGCCGCGGGAUCCCCACCCGCCUCGCCGUCAUGGACCGGUCAGAAGAAGACGCGCGACUGGAAGCAGCGGGCGUGACGGACGCCGAGAAAGAGCUCCGCGCGAAGGAGAAGCGGAAGGGCCUCAGCAAGGAGCAGCGCGAAGAGCUCGCCGCGUACGAGCUCGAGCGGAAAAGGAUCCGCGAGGAGCGCGUGUCGAAUCUCCAAAAGAAGCUCAUCGACCGCAUUAGCGUGUGGACCGAGACGGACAAAGGCGCGGAUGUCACGAAGGCUUUCAAGGACAAGACGCAGCUCGAGAUUGAGAAUCUGAAGAUGGAGAGCUUUGGGCUGGAGAUUAUGCAUGCGAUUGGCGCGACGUAUUUGCAGAAGGCGUCGGGGUUCUUGAAGAGUCAGAAGUUUUUGGGCAUUGCGGGGUUCUUUUCGCGGGUGAAGGAUAAGGGGACGCUGGCGAAGGAGACGUGGACGACGAUUAGCACGGCGAUUGAUGCGCAGAUGACGAUGGAGGAAAUGGCGAAGAUGGAGGAGAAGGGGGGCGAGGACUGGACGGAUGAGAAGAAGGCGGAGUAUGAGAAGAGGGUUACGGGCAAGAUUCUUGCCGCGGCGUGGCGGGGGAGCAAGUUUGAGAUUCAGAGUGUGCUACGGGAAGUCUGCGACCGGGUCUUAAAUGAUAAGAAGGUUAAGCUGGAAAAGAGGAUUGAGAGGGCGGAGGCGUUGAUGAUUAUUGGGGAGAUGCACAGCAAGGCCGCGCGAGACCCAGACGAAGAAGGCGACUACAUGGCCUUCGAGCAGCUCAUGGCCGAGGCCGCCGCCAAGAAAGAGCACAAGCACGACAAGAAGAGCAGCAAGAAGGAUAAAGAAAAGGAAAAGUCUAAGGAUUCGUCACCGCCGUUGGGCAGUGCAUAAGCGCGGCGUGCUGGAGGCGUUAGAUUGAUUCUAGAAUACCAUCUUUACCUCGACUCGAGAUGGUGUUCUAGCGCUGAGUCGCGGUGGUGCUACUGACGCAGAGAGAGAAAGCAUUUGACAGCUUGAAUCCGCUCCGCUUGAGUGAAUGUAAUUGAGGGGGGUUUUGGAGGCUGACUAGGUUGGCUGGGUUGGCAAGCAGUGGUAUGGCUGCUGUUUGGGUUUGGGUGACUACUAUAGACGUGCGGCUACGAUGAGAUAUGCAUACGAUACUCCCCUUUAUUUCUCUCUUUCCGUCUCGUGUCUUCUAUCACAGCCUGAUUACACACUGAUAUUGAGAUGUCAAAUGCAAGACCCUCUAUGUCAGACCCUUAGCUUAUGCUAACAAUGGAGAAAAAUGAAACCGGGCCAGUUUACU